CUACUUUUUGCGUGCAUGUUGUAUGUUUGGCUGUUAUUAAUUCCUUUUCAUGAUUAUUUCAAUCACCCUCACUCACUCUAUCUGCGUCUUCUGAAUUUGAAAUUGAAGGCAAACCCAGAUCAGAUGGCAGAGUGCAACAAGGAAGCGCAGCACGUCCAGCAAAAUGUCACGGGAAACAAAUACGGUGGACUUGGCCCAAAGAAGCCUUUGAUAUCCAAAGAUCAUGAACGAGCAUUCUUUGAUUCAGCUGACUGGGCAUUGUGCAAGCAAGGUGCUGCUGUGAAUCAACAAUCUACAGCAGCCGUAGAGACCUUGCGACCAAAACUAGAGAAAACACCGCACCAGCAGCUUCCCCCUAGAAAACCUGCUUGUACAUCUGGCCAAGAAAAUCUUAUCUAAUAAAGGGCGAACAGGAACAAUUAUUACAUACCUCUUCGUGUUCGUGAUCUGAUGCAUAGUACAAUUAGCUGGAUCCUUUCAAGUUUUAAUAAUUUGCUGUUCCAUUUAUUGGGAAAAAAUUUCAAACGUAGCAAAAUCGUCAAGCUUAUUUCUUUUUCAUUUUAUGCAGUAUGAAAAGAUAAAAAGUUAGCAUCCA